GCUGGUGGGUGGGUGUCUUGGAUCUUAUCUGAAUGGUUAAGGACUGGCAGCACAAGCAUCUUUUGUGUGGAGAUGAUUGUUGUGGGAAACAUCAACCCUUUCCUGUGCAACUUCAACCUCUUCUUCUGCUCAGGGACCUCACCAACCGCAGAUCUGGAACCAAAAAUGAACUGGGCGUCUUUUUACGCCCUGAUCAGCGGCGUGAACCGGCAUUCCACCGGCAUUGGGCGGAUUUGGCUGUCUGUCCUCUUCAUUUUCCGGAUCCUGAUUCUGGUGGUGGCGGCGGAGAGCGUGUGGGGUGAUGAGAAAGCGCAUUUCACCUGCAACACCCAGCAGCCCGGCUGCAACAGUGUAUGCUACGACCACUUCUUCCCCAUCUCUCACAUCCGACUGUGGGCGCUGCAGCUCAUCAUGGUCUCUACCCCCGCCCUGCUGGUUACCAUGCACAUUGCACAUCGUCGGCAUAUCGACAAAAAGUUGUAUCGCCAAGCUGGCCGUACCAGCCCAAAGGACUUAGAGCAGAUUAAAAAUCAAAAGAUGAAGAUUACCGGCGCCCUUUGGUGGACAUACAUGAUCAGCCUACUGUUCCGUGUGUUAUUCGAAUCUGCCUUUAUGUAUCUGUUUUACAUGAUUUACCCAGGAUACAAGAUGUUCCGGCUUGUAAAGUGUGACUCGUACCCAUGCCCAAACAUAGUCGAUUGCUUUGUGUCCCGACCAACAGAGAAAACAGUGUUCACUAUAUUCAUGCUUGCGGUGUCUGGCGUCUGCAUCCUGCUUAACAUCGCAGAAAUCAUCUUUCUUGUUGCUCAGGCAACAAGUCGCCAUCUCAAUAACUCCAAGGAUUCCCAAGUGGGAGCCUGGAUCUCACAGAAACUGUUCUCCUCUUAGAAGUGCUCCCCUGUCACUCCCUGAAACCUAAAUAGGGCACUCACUCAAACUCAAACACUUAAUUCACACUUUAGGGCUAAUGUCAUUGAAGAAGGUUUUACAUUCUAUUUAAUUCAGAAUACGUAAAAAACAUAUGUACUAUUACUCCACACAAUUUUAGAGCAAUGUAUAAAUAAAUAAACACUGCUAUAGUUUUAUACUCAUAUUGUACCUAAAAUACUACUAAUAAAUAUUUUUUUUUUUUUUUUGUGGUAAAAUCUUCAUUAUGAAUUCAGCAUUGCUUUUUCAUUGUUUAAAAACUUUUGUGUGUCAAACUAAUGGAUAAAGUAUUAUUUCAUGUAUUCUCUUAAAGGAAUACUCCACAACAAAAUGAAAAAUGUCAUUAAUCACGUAUCCCUAUGUAGUUUCAAACCCAUAAAAUCUUUGUGCAUCUUCAGAACACAGUUUAAGAUAUUUUGGAUAAAAACCGGGAGGCUUGUGACUGUCCCAUAGACUGCCAAGUAAAUUACACUGUCAAGGUCCAGAAAAGUAUGAGAAGCAUUGUCAGAAUAGUCCAUCUGUCAUCAGUGUUUUAAUCAUAACGUUAUGAAGUUAUGAGAAUACUUUAUGUACACGAAGAAAACAAAAAUAAAGACUUUAUUCAUCAA